AUGCACAAGGAAGACGAUACCGAGCCGCUUCCUCCUCCUCCAUCUUGGCAGAUUCUAUGCCUUGUUGGUCCUUACAUGGACCCUGAAACACUCGCGGUUGCUUCUUGCGUCUCGACCACAUGGUCAAACUGUUUUUCGUCGGAGGAUAUAUGGAGGUCUUUCUUAAUCGUACGGUCCUCACAAGGCUCUUGUGCUUCUGAAAUCGCCUUGAAAUUUGGGGAAGGUGCGUCCUACAAAGGCAUUAUUAUCACUGUCGAAUCGAAUGCAAAACGCCGCCGCAAAAAUCUACCGAAACCCAAGAUCUCGCUCUCCGAUCUCAUCUUCAUCGUCAACGUGUCCACAAAAACAAAGAGCGCAAUGGUUUACGAAAAAGGCAAAGACCUAGUGUUUGGUUCCAAUGAAGACAAGUUCGAAAUAGAACUCGACGUAAGCAACACCGGGAUUAAUUCUGGUGAGAAAGACGUCAAGAUGACGUGGCAAGUCGUGUAUGGAUUUUGGGAAAAGUUUUUCAUAAUGGUUGAUACUACAAGACCGUUGCACAGAAAGUAUGGGUGGUUCACCGAUUAUCUUGACGCCAAGGAUGAUAGUAGGCUAGUAGGCGAGAUGAAGACGAGUUUUAACGGCCAAGUUCUUGAGAAGAUUGGAUUUUCAAUAGUUAACACAAACGAUCGGAGAAAUCUAACGGUUAACGAUGUUUUGAGAUAUGUUGAGCGUUUUUGUGGGAUAGCUUAG